AUGGAAGCGCUGCAACGAAUGAUGAUGAGGCGUUUGGACGAGCAUUCCUACAAACGGACCGCUAAACGUUUGGUGGUUGAUGAAUAUGCAAAUGAUGCUGAUUUUAAUGAUAGAACAGAAAUUGCUAGUAUGAAUCCGGCGUAUGAUAUCAUCUACAGUGAAGCAGUUCGGACAAGGAGCAAUCCAAAUAAUUCUACCACAAAUGCAUUUUUUUCAACAACAACGUGUCCAGCCAGUACUUCACCGAGUUCAGUAUAUCAUAUUGAACCCAUUCCUGCUGUUACUGCUGCAGCUGUUAAUGAUGAUCACAGCCAUACUGAUAAAUUAUUACGAAAGGUUUCGCUAGCCGUACGAAGAAAGCUAAUAGGUCCAAAACCAUUUGUCAAUGAAAAACGCAAUACUCGUAGGAUAAGUCAUCGUAAUAAAGAGAGCAACCAUGAUGACUCGAAAAGUAAUCAAAGGAUUGCUCAAAAUGAUUCGGAAAAACAAAUUAAACCAAAUUCGUCGAGAAAAAUGAUUGAUUUGGUUGACUUACGUGCAAUCGGCCGAAAACAUCGUAAUGAGCAUCGAAAACUUCUCAAUGAAGAGUAUGGUGACGACUAG